CGCCUUUGCAGACGUCAGAUCUUCGGUUCAGGUGUUAGUGCCCUCUGAUUGGUCUUGGCAUCGUCCAGCUUGACACCUCCGGAACAAGGCUUCACGACGCUGAAAUCGAGUUUCCCAGCACAACGCCACCGUUGUUUGGUUCUGCGAGCAUUCAGACAGCCCUCGUGGCGCACCCAAAUAACAUCUACGAAGACGCGUCCACGCACUUGCUCGACGUAGGAGCUUGUAGCGUCCUAUUUUCCUCCGCACAGGGACCCAUACCCACAGCCUCCUGUUCAUAUGAACAGCAGCCAUGACGUCCCGAAAAACGCAGCAAGAGAUCGACAAGACCUUCAAGAAGGUCGCUGAAGGUAUACAAACAUUUGAAGGCAUAUAUGAAAAGAUCCGAUCCACGUCCAAUCCUGCGCAGCGCGAUAAGCUAGAGGACAACCUCAAACGAGAGAUCAAGAAGCUUCAGCGAUUCCGAGAUCAGAUCAAGUCGUGGGCGGCCGGAAAUGAGGUGAAAGACAAGAACCCACUGCUGGAGCAGCGGAGGGCCAUCGAAACAUGUAUGGAACAAUUCAAGGCCGUAGAGAAGGAGAUGAAGACGAAGGCAUACUCGAAGGAAGGGCUAUCCGCCGCAUCUCGAUUAGAUCCUAAGGAGAAGGAGAAGGCUGAAGCUGCUGAUUUCCUGUCGAGCAUGGUGGACGAGCUCCAGCAGAAGAUAGAGGCGAUGGAGGCCGAAGAGGAGACCCUACAUGCGUCGGUGAAGAAGGGCAAGAAGGACGUGGCGAAAACGAAUCGCUUAGCGGACAUCUCGCGGAUAUCGGAACGACAUAGAUGGCAUGUCAACAAGCUCGAGUUGCUUUUACGGUCACUUCAGAACGGUAACGUGGAAACGGCCCAGGUCGUGGAUCUGAAGGACAGCAUUAAGUACUAUGUCGAGGACGGUCACAACGUGGACUACUCAGGCGAGGAUGAAACGCUCUACGAUGACUUGAACCUUGGCGACGAGGAGUCUCAGUUUGGUGUCGUUGGUGACAACGACCGGGUCUCUUCGCAGGAUGCACAGUCAGUACAGGAGGAUGAGCCAGAGGCACGAGGGAAGCCCAAGGCAGAUCCUGCGGCACCACGAAGGCCAUCCACCCAGAUGAAGUCGCCUCUUCCGGUUCUCGCAACACUGCAUCCCAAUACUCCCUCGUCCUCCUCCGCUAGCGGUAUGAAGCCUGCUCCUCCACCUACCCGUCUUCCCGGAGAGACGUUGAAGUAUGCAUCUGCCGCUGCUGCUGCUGCCGCAAGCGAUAAGAAUGGGGUCGGUAUUGCACCUCUACCACCUCCUCCAGGAGCGAGCCCUGCAAUUUCGGCAGCCUUUCCCGUUUCGAAAGCUUCGUCUACGGCCUCCCCACGCGUUCCAGCUGCACAACCUGUCCAGAAAGCAGUGCCAACGGCUCCAAGCGCGGAAGAGCCUUCCACCCAAGCGCGGACAAAGACACAAGCUCUCAGCCCAGGUACUCCAGUAGCAGGCUCAGCGGCAGGUUCUUUGGGUGCUGGACCAUCCUCAACGCCGGCAGCGGAUAAGGCAGAGUCCAUAGCUACUAAGGAUCAACCAGUGACAAAUGGCGAUGUCUCCAAGCAGGAUGUAAAUGCAGAGGAUUCGAUAUAUCACCUUCCUCCCGGCUUGCAAGAUCUAAUACAAUCUUUCGAGAUAACGAAGGAAAGAGCAACAGCAUCAGUGAACCAAUCGCCGUCGGUACAGCGUUUGCUGGCCGCAUCGCUCACGACUUGCCCCGAGCCUACCGAUGCCGAGAAGCCAAAGCACUACAAGCCGCAGAACCCUUAUAACACGCCCAUCUAUUAUCCUCAGGAGCCGCUGCCAAUCCUCGACGACCCACGGCUAUACGAGACAGGAAGGAUAGACACAGAUACACUGUUCUAUAUCUUCUAUUAUCGUCAGGGCACAUACCAGCAAUAUCUAGCGGCCAAGGCGCUGAAAAAUCAGAGUUGGCGUUUCCACAAGCAGUACCAGACCUGGUUCCAGCGUCACGAGGAGCCGAAGACAAUCACAGAGGAGUUUGAGCAGGGUACCUACCGAUUCUUCGAUUAUGAAAGCACAUGGAUGAAUCGGCGUAAGGCGGACUUCAAAUUUAUUUACAAGUAUCUUGAGGAUGAUUUGUAACGGCAUGGUUUCUCCUAUGGGAUCGGUAGUUUUCAUUUGGCAGUUAAACGGAUGGUUAGCCGAGGCAGUUAGGUUUCAUAACACUAGGCUGGGCUGGGCUAGGCGUCAACAGCUGCAAUAACGGAAAUACUUUCGAUAUCGAUAGGCUUUGAAUUCAAUGGGAUUGAUCUCAGACAGGACUUUGUGCUUGGAAGAAAGGACAUUAGUUGAUUGAGGCGUGUGGGAAUCUUGGUUUGUCUUAUUACGGUGGGCUGUCGCUUUUUUUUUGACUGUCAUGCCAUCGUCCCCCAUAUGUCUCAAGAGUCGUCAAAUUCAAGCUCAAGCCAGGAAACAUUUUUUCCUUGGCUUCAUCGUCCAAUAUUCCUUCUUUUCCUUUCUAGGGCCAGUCUGGUAACCUAUAUACCACGUAGUGACUACAAUUAUCUAGAUUGGAUGAGGCCUCUCAAUGAACACU